UCAAAAUGGCUGCUACGUCACGUUUGCCAAAAAGCGUGAAGAUUGCUCCUGGUGCUAUUGUUUGUGAGGAGAGUGAACUUGUUGGGGACAUCACAAUAGGGACUCGGACUGUGAUUCAUCCAAAAGCUAAAAUAAUAGCGGAGGCUGGACCAAUCGUUAUAGGUGAAGGUAACAUCAUUGAAGAGAUGGUUGUUAUUCUCAACAGGCUUCCAGAAGAUAUGAAGGGGUCGGGUGACAAACACCAAGUUUUGGUGAUCGGAAACAACAAUGUCUUCGAAGUUGGUGCUCAGGUGCUAGCUAUGAAAAUAGGCGACCAGAACUAUGUGGAAUCCAAGGCAAUGAUUGGUCCCCGAGUUGAACUGACGUCAGGUUGUAUCAUUGGUGCUUCGUGUAGCGUGGUCGGAGAUGAAAAACUAUACGAGAAUACGAUCAUCACUGGCGCAAACUGCAAGAGACGAAUACAGAGAGAGAAACCUCCAGCCCAGACCCUGCAGAUUGACUUCCUGUCUAAGAUCCUGCCUAACUACCACUACACACUGAAAGUAACUCAGACGUCGAGACAGCCGGCAUCUUCACCUGUCACUCCAAAAUAACAGAUUAUUUUGGCAUUAACAACUGCAAGUGUAAUUUAUUUAUCCACACGGUUCUGAAGAUUUAUCCAUAUGACAUUCUGGCACACCUACGUACUUAACAUUUACAUCUUUUGUUGCUGCCAGAGAAUGUUUCUCCUGCUUUGAACAGUCAUGAGUGAAUUUUGCUUUGAGCUGCGGUUAGGGGCCACCCUACAAGUAGUUUGUCCCAGCUCAUCUGUGUUUGGCAGUGAUCCAUAUUAGUCUAGCAACCCCUGCAAUUAAAAAAAUACGCAGUUUAAAAAUAUUGAAUAUAAUCCAGAGCAAAAACAAAUGCUGAAGAGAAUUAAAAAGAAGCAGUAACCAUGUCAUUGCCGAUUGAUGUGAGCAAUGGCAGGUGUUGAUCUAGCCUUUAUUACAUACCUAUUCAAACUUACUAUAGUGAUAAAGACAUUUUGAGACCGUG